AAUCUAGGAUGACUCGUCAAUAGCUUUUGUUCGUACCAGUUUAUACCAAUUCAGACCAAUUGAAAGUUCUGCUGACAGAAAAGUACCGGCUUUGUGGUAUAUUUGAAAGAUAGUUUACUGCAGAAAUUCGUUAACAAUGGCUUGGGUACCACUCGAAUCUAAUCCUGAUGUUAUGACAAAGUUCCUGCAUAAAUUGGGAGUCCCAAAAAAAUGGGGUAUUGUGGAUGUCUAUGGCAUAGAGUCAGAUCUCUUGGCUGUGGUUCCUAGGCCCGUGGUAGCCCUUAUACUUCUAUAUCCUUUUUCAGACAAGACUUCAUCAUAUUAUGCUGAUCAAGAGAGUAAAAUGAAAGAGGGUGAACAACCUAUCUCUGAAAAGAUCUAUCAUAUGAAGCAGUGCGUCUCCAAUGCAUGUGGAACAGUUGCAUUGAUCCAUAGCGUUGCUAACAAUACUGAUCAGAUCAUUUUGGAGGAUGGCAUUCUGAAGUCGUUCCUAGAUGAAACCAAAGACCUUCCGUUUGCUGAACGCGGUGAAAUGCUUAUGCAAGCAUCUGGUGUUAUUGACACUCAUAAGGAAUCUGCCCAAGAAGGUCAAACUGAGGCACCAGGAGAUGAUACACCCGUGAUACAUCACUUUAUAGCUUUUGUCGAAAAGGAUGGAUCUCUCUAUGAACUUGACGGCCGUAAACCUUUUCCAGUAAAUCACGGUCCAUCUACACCAGAGACUUUCCUGGAGGAUGCUGCUCGGGUCUGUCGAGAUUAUAUGUCUCGUGACCCCGAUGAAAUGCGCUUCACUAUGGUUGCCUUGGCUGCUACUGAUUAAAGGCUGUUGGUGUAUUUAAUAAUAGCUGUUAUCAGCAUUUACAUAUAUAUACUUGACAAGACCAAAUAAUCCAUUUUCUAUAUUACACAUUCUCGACAUAAUUCAACAUAUUCAACACUGUGGCUUUCAGCAUACUUUCUAUACGCACAUCUCCAAAAAAAAUCAAAUCAUAUAUUUUGUAUGUUACUUAUAUAUUUUUACAAAAGUUAACACUGUAUAUGCUUCAUAAGAUCAAAUUAUUGGUCUUCACUUCUAGACCUGUACUUUGCUGCUGAAACACGUCACUGUGAUUCUUCUAUCGUUAUUCUAACGUAUUAACAUGUUUUAACUGAUUUUCUAAUUCAUUGGCUCAUCGCCACAACGCAUUUCGCUGCCAAUUAAAUAAAUAACUGAAACAAA